AUGGCGCGAGCAACCCAAUGGCAUGCAACCAUUGCCAUUUACAUCUUUUUCCUACCUACAAUCUUUCUCCACCUUCACAUCAGAAUGAGUUCAGAAUUUGACCCGCAACACUCCUCUUCUGAAGAAGAAGCCAUUGAAAAAUGGAACCCCCGCCCCAUAGUCAGCGACCCAUCCCACUGCGCUGAGCUUUAUAACCUCCUACUCUCCAGAUACAUCGCCGCUAUCCCAUCUGAAUUCCACUCCCAAACCCACCCUCCAACAACAACCGCCCUCGAAACAACCCUCUUCCCCCGCUUCAGUACCCUCCACCCAGCCUUCUUCUCCAACAUGGAAGACCCUCACUCCCACCCAUUUCACAUCCUGCUCUCCCAGCUGCAGACAAGCUCUCCAUUCCAACGGGACGCAAUCCUCUCCCCGUUCUUCAUCCAACCAGAACCCGACUUGCUCGUCCCCUCAGAGGCGUACCACUCUCUCUUCCAGAUCGACUUUGAAGAGGCACUCGAACAACAAGGCCGGUGUCUCCUCUUGUUCCUCCCCGGGAACAUGGACUUCACCGGCGAGCCACCCUACGACGAGGGACUGGUGCUCGAUGCCGACACCCUCGAGGCGACAUGGCGCCACGGGAUGGACGGCCUGCCGGAGUACCCCGGUCCAAGCUGGAUUCCCCUCCAUGUUGUUUUGGAGAAAGAACGGGAAAAGUGGGAGAGGGGGGAGUACUACUUUGACGAGGAGCAGAUGAAGGUUGAGCAGAGAGGCUGGACAGAAAUCGGGUUGGACGAGACAGUUCAGGCUUGGGAGGGCUUGCUGAAGGCGAUCGAGGACAAGGGUGGGACGGGAGGGGAGUGGGAUGAGCCUCUGAGAUUGGAGGAUGAGGAUAUUGAACGGUACAAGGUCAGUCGGUUCGCCAAGGAGUUUCUGAGCAGGUCCAAGAGGCCAAAGUUCAAGUUUAUUGGUCCGGGAAUCACGGUGUUCUCGCCGGAGAGUUGGCUCGAGGUUUAUGGGUCCGAACCGGAGAAUUCUGAGCGGAGGUUGAACAAGAAUGGUGCUGAAUACCAAAACUGGCCGACUUUGGUUUUCCCGUCUGCUUACCAGGUUGGAUCGCCCUUUCAUCAAUGGAGCCCUGGGUAUUACAAGGCUGCACUUUCUGAGAUGGUUCACCGUCGGACGGGUGUUUAUCUCAAUGGAUGGGAUCAGCGGUACGCCGAGGCAGCUGAGCUGGUGAGCGGAUCAGCUGAUGUUCCUCGAGGGAUCACGUCUUUUGACAGGCCGCCACCAUGGGGACCAGUACGAGGGACCCGUCUGGCACUAAUCUUGCGGCACUGGACCAGGUUGGUGGAAGAUGGGACGUGGGAGGUGGGCGACGACGGUGUUGCAGAACAUUUGACUUGGUGGAAUGAUGACAAUAAAGCGAAGGCUCAAGUGAGGCGUGUUUAG